AACCGUAUCGUUGUUCUGUGGGGUCAGCGUACGUUACGGAGAGCAGUUGUUUUCCGUCCAUUAAAAGUGUUUAUUCAGUUUUUAGUAAACAAAAUGUUUUCAAUUCAUUAUCUGAGAGAGUUCAUCGGUGAAAGACUGAGCGCUGCUGCCUCAGAAAUCUUCUCCGAGUUUGAGAAGACGAUCCUGCGGUACGAAGAAGAGCUCGACCGUCAGCGCAGACUGCUGGAUGUCAGCUGGAAACCUGAGCUGAAGCUGCACAGAGUCGACCUCCAACAGGAACCAGUCCACAAGAUGGAGCUGAUCCUCACAGACCAGCAGCUCUACAACCAGGAGAGGAACUCCAGCCUGGACCAGGAGGAACCAGAACCAGAAUCUACAAUAAUCAAAGAAGAAGAAGAGCAGGAGCUCUGCAGCAAUCAGGAUGAAGAUCAGCUCCAGCUGAAGCAGGAGACUGAUCCGUUUAUGGUGACCGCUUUGUUUGAAGAAAGUGAACCAGAACCAGACGAGGAGCAGCUCAUCUUUCAGAGUUCUGCUGGACCUGAGGACCAGGAUUCAGGGUCACAUGAAAAUUCAGAGCAUUCACAAAAGACUGAUCACACAGACAGGCGUCACGGUGACAAAGCAGACCAACCAGCAACAUUUGAGAGGUUGUUUUCUUGUCAAAUCUGUGGAGAAACUUUCAUAGAUAAUUCACAUCUGAUCCGACACAUCAAGGUCCACUCAAUUAGGAACCAGAACUCUGACAGACUGCAGUACUGUUGUCCCUUCUGUGGUAAAAGCUUCCCUGCUUUUAGCAAGUUAGUCAUCCACAUCAGAAGUCACACAGGUGAGAAGCUGUAUGUUUGUAAAACCUGUGGAAAACGUUUUAGUCAUACCUCUAAUCUGAAUCGUCAUAAGAUGAUCCACACGGGAGAGAGGCCAUUUUUUUGUCAAACUUGUGGGAAAAGCUUUAAUCAGUCUUCAAGUCUGAAAAUACACAUGCUGAUUCAUACAGGAGAGAAACCAUUUUCUUGUCAAACCUGUGGAAAAUGUUUUAAUCACAUUUCCCAUCGAAAUCGUCACAUGAAAGUUCACACAGACUGAGUGGAUCUUCGGUCACUUGUGGAGAAUUUUCACCAAAUGAUUCCAGCGAGGAGAAAACUCUCAGAAUGUGGAGAAACUUUAGAAAAGCUUUGAAUCCUGCCUCCGUUUACAGAAGAGUUUGUUCCAGCAAACACUGUUGGGCUUUUUGCAGCUCAGACUGAAACAAAGUAAAACUAGCUUAGUUAUUAUUUGAGCUCAGAUGCAGGU